AUGGAUAGUUUGAUCAAGAAAAAGGGAACAAAUUUGAAAUUUUCAGAAAAUGAAGAGCCGAUUGGAUCAGAAUAUGAUGAGGACAUGAUAAGUCCAUGCGAGUGCACAGCCACCUCCACGGGCGGCAAGCGGCGUACGAUUGUUGGCAGCGGCAGGGCAUCGUUCAAAAGCAGCGCAGCUAAGCAGGAAGCCUUUGGGAGCGAUGGCGAUGGCAACGGCAGGGGGGAGUUCGUCCUGCGACUGGACUCACCGCUGACGGCGAUCACAGCCAUUGCUGUGGCCAUCUGCCUCUUGAUCAUCACGAUAUUCUCAAUCAUCUUUGCUGUUUUACAGCGCAAUAGCAACCAUGUAUCAAGAAACUCAGUGCGGUAUAGAAAAAUAGCAAACACGUCGUCGAGCAGACGAAAGAACUUGUCCGCGAAGCCCACCAGCGAUGCAAGAUUCAUUUUUAACAUUGGCGAGGACGAAGAUACAGAGGGUGAUAAUUCGGAGGACGAACUGGACGAUAACGUGGGCACAGAUAUAAACAGAACAGUCUACGACAGAAAAGGCAAAGAUCAUGGACACGAAUUUUACAUUGAGAGUACAAAUGAUAUUGAUGCGAUCGAGUUUCACUGCAAAGGAGCACAGAAAGCAGACUUCCGGCCAAGAAGGUGCAACGAAAUCGGUCAUGAUGAUAUUCAUUCCAAUGCGAAUACGAAUACGAAUACGAAUACGAAUACAAAUAUGGAUAGCAAUCCGUCAACAAGCCGUACAAACAUCCGUAGCUGAUUGAUUGACCGAUGGACAACGAGACAGCGAACAUAAUUGUACCAAUACCAACUUUGAUCUUGGCUUUCUUGCUCCGGACUAGUAAAUUGUAACCUUGCUUUGAGGAAUAUA